GAUCCUUCUCUUUCCUUCUUCCACUACGCACAUAUUUAUAAGGGUUAUAUGAAUACAUCGUACGUCCACAUUCUGGUUAUCGAAGUUCAACAAAAACGCUAUGACUUAGGGGAGCAGUGUUCGGGCGAAAUAGGCAGAUCCAACAAAUGUUACGCGUUUUGCUUUUGCUUCACAUUUCUCUGCGACGCAUCAAGGGUAUACAAGUUGCGUGUAUACCCUGCUUACUCUUUGACGGAGUCCGGUCGGCCAUAUGGCAGAAUUGUUUAUCCUGGAAGCCUCUCUAUUGCGACCUUUGCGGCAUUCGCAGCACCAAGUCAGCCCCGCACGGUCGCUUUGAGGGCUUCGAAUCUGCUUCUAGCCGUUCUCAAGACGCGGAAACCUACUUUGACCAAAGUCAUGAAGCCAACUAUCCGGUUGAAUUUCCGCGAUAUGACAAUGACCCUGCACACUCUCACCACCGUGUCCAGGUACGUCCUCAUCAGGACUGCAAUCAGGAAUAGGGUGAAACUUGUCUUCUUUGGCUCCAACGAACAACACAACUACCUGACAUCUCUACAAAUUCUCAUUCCCCUCUACAUCCACCCGUAUACCCUAUCUUGUGACCUUCUGCUUUGUUGCCAGACGCUGAAUUCAUGCCGAUACCGAACAUGCCGGACACGUUCAGGGACCGUCAUUUAUCCUGAGGAAGCUCGUUGUAGAAGUCCACCAAACUCCCUACCGACCGGUCGAAUCGCGGAAGACACCCCUGGCCGUUGCCAAUGACGGAGCACCUGGGGGUCUUCGCAACAUAUAUCAGUCCGUGCUCACGGUGUACUUCUGCAUGCACGAAGUCCUCCUUCCGCUUGACUCGGAACCUUUGUCACAAGGCUCUAUCUGACCAACUUCCCAUGGAGUUCGUGGAAUCGUCUCGCUGUCUUACUUUUAGCAAGGGUUUAAGCGAAUUCUCACUAGGAGGCCUUUGAAUUUGUUUGUUUUGUCCCUGGAGAAGCUGUCAAACUGUAUGGCCGCUAUUCAAUCUAGAGACCGGACAUGAUGC